AUGAGAGCAUUUUGGCUGCUAAUAUUCAUAUCGUGUCUGUGUGGUGAAACAGUUCUCGCAGAGGAGUAUUUUGUUAGAUUUAAAACACCAGAAUGUUUCCGUAUUUUUAUGAGUACAGGGAUGGGAAAGCUAAAUUUUAUUCGAGAAAUGUUCGGUAGUAAAGUCAAAAAGACAUUCUGCUUUGGGUCUUUUAGAGGUAUCACAAUUGAUGUGCCUGAGGAAGUGAUGGAAAAAAUGAAAAGAAACCCGCUUGUGGCAGAGAUGGUUCCCAACAUCAAAUUCGAUGCAUUUGGGGAUAAUGAUUAUGAUGAGGAGUAUGGAGAUCCUCAUGAUGGCGAUGGCGAUAUCGAAAAUGACGAUGACGAUGACUAUGAUGCUGACGACGAUUUAUAUGAUAGGACUGAGAUUCAAAACAAUGCUCCACGGCAUCUGGCAAGAUUAUCACGCCGAUCGCAAUUGCCUUUUGACUUUGAUGAUGAGAAGUAUUACGAAUCGUUCAAUUACUACUACGACAAGUUCCAUCAGGGACAGGGCGUAAAUGUGUAUAUAAUCGAUACAGGUAUUCAUCCCAAUUCAGACGAGUUUGAUGAAAGACUCCAUUUCGGUCAAGACUUUACUGGAGAGGGAGUUGGUGAUUCCAAUGGCCACGGCACUCAUGUCGCGGGGAUCGUGGCAUCCAAAAGAUUCGGUGUAGCUAAAAAAGCUAACAUAAUAGAUGUUAAAGCAUUGAAUUCAAAGGGACAAGGCAAUUUAACAACUGUGAUUAGUUCAAUUGAAUUUGCAAUUGCACAUUGUAGGGAAAAUAAUGACAAUAAAGCUUGUGUGGCAAAUUUAAGUCUAGGUUCGAUGAGAAACAGUGUUAUUAACCAAGCCGUUAAAGCAGCAUUCGAAUCCGGAUUACUCAUGGUAACAGCAGCGGGCAAUUCCAACAUGAAUGCAUGUUGGACGAGUCCAGCAUCCGCACCAGAGGCAAUAGCAGUAGGUGCUUUUGAUGAUAGAACUGAUACAAUAGCGAGGUUUAGUAAUUGGGGUCAAUGUGUAGACGUUUUUGCACCAGGGGUUAAGGUUAGAUCACUUUCAAUUAGAAACCCUAAUAAGUGGGCAUCGUUUUCUGGAACUUCAAUGUCCUCACCAAGCAUUGCCGGACUCUGUGCAAUUUUAAUCAACAAGGGAGUCGAUAUAAAUGACAUCAAAGAAAAGGUAAUUGAGUUAACAACCGACGAUAUUCUACAAAAAAGAACUCUAAUUAUGAAACCAGGUACACCUAAUAGAAUUGCAUUCAACGGAAUCAAACUUGAGGAUGAUGAAUUUGAAAACGCCAUAUAUCCCAUUGUUGAUAUGGAUUCAUUCAUUGAAGCUUUGGAGAAGUACCAGCCUAACAAUGCUGACUUUACCUUUGGAAGAGAAUAA